AGUUGCGGUGGUGCAAUGGGUGGUUUUUGAUAAAAUUUUUGGUGUAUAAAAGCCACUGCGAAUUUCAGAUUCAGCAUCAUUUCAGUUUACCUCACAUAUUUAGAGAGUUAAGAAAGUUUCACGGGAAGUUUUCUAAUUUUGAAAAUGGCAGUCAAGGCAAUUAUUCUCUUAGCCAUCUUUGGUCUAGUCAGUGCUGUACCAGUCGUCCUGGUAGGUCAUGAUGGCCAUGAUGCAUACCAUGAUGCCCCGGCUCACUACGAAUUCGAAUACUCUGUUCACGAUCCACACACAGGAGACAUCAAAAGUCAACACGAAUCCCGUCAAGGUGACAAAGUUGAAGGAGUAUAUUCUUUGGUAGAACCAGAUGGUCACAAGCGAAUUGUCCACUAUACUGCUGAUCAUCACAAUGGAUUCAACGCUCAUGUCCAACGUGAAGGAACCUCCCAUCACGUCCCACAAGCCGUGGCUCAUCAUGUCGCUCCUCUUGCAGUUGCCCAUCAACCAUUAGCCAUCGCCACGCACCACGUUGCCCAUGUUGCUCCUAUUGCCAUUGCGCAUCACGCCCCAAUUGCUCUUGCACACCACGCCAUUCCAGCACAUGGGGUGGCCACUAGUCAUUCCAGCAUAAAGAUCCAUCAUUUAGAACAUCAUUGAGAAACGCGGGAACGUUCAGGCGAUCAUCACUAGGAUAAGGCAAGUCAUGACAAACAGAGCACUGUAUAUACUCCAUUUUAACUUCGAUUAUAUUGAUAUUAAGAAUAAGUAAAGAAUUGCAUAUCAAA